UUCAUAUAUUUACAGAUGGAGCUACCAUCCUCCAAGGCGAAACCAGUAACAAUAGGCAUCUGCACGUCAGCAUUGAGGUCUAACAUCGAGGCUUUCAUAGCCAAGGUUUCAGCUCUGAUCAAUGUAACAGUCCGAUUCAUUGAACUACCGUACAAUGAUCUGGACAGCUUUCGUCUGUUAAGUGAUGGACUUGAUGGUGUGAUUAUCUGUCAUUCUAUCAACAACCGUGGCUUUGCAAUAACAGAUGUUAUGGAUGCUCUCUACGACAAGUUCCUGCCUCGUGUUCGACGAAAUUUUGGAAAAGACAGGGUCUGUGUUUUCGCGCAUGACUUUCCAUGGCCCAUGGCACCAGGUGGUCCUUCACGCAACGACCAUGCCGCGAUCAAAGAUACUUACAUGGGUAGCUUCCGCAGCAACCAACCAACAACCUUCGAGUGCUGUAAACUGGCCAUGAUCUGUGGUAGACUGGACAAACAGGUAGACAUGGAUGAAGAAGAUUGGAAACAGCUUGAAGUAUUUCUGUACCAAUGUCGGGUUCAUUCCGAGUCCUUCAAUAAUCCCUCCGACGCCUGCAAUACUUGUUCCUCCAACCCCGGCGGUUCUAGAAGUUACACAUUCCUUAUUAUUGUUGGUGUGAUUGCAUUUGUAGCAUAUAAAACAUUUCAACAUUUCCGUAAAUCCAAUAAGAAAUAAGAGUUAUAAAAACGUUUUCAAAAAUAUUUAUACAAGACUGGUAGGCCACUUACUCUUUGUUUUUGUUUUGCUGGCCAUUGUGACGCAACAAUAAGCUUGUUUACAUUUUGUCAAGAAUUCGCAAUGACAAAGACAAUUUAUUCUCAUGUCACCCACAUUGGAUUAUUGGAGAAGUUAACAAUCAGUUUAAAUUUGUCAAUUUAACGCUGUGAAAUAUACGAUACAAAUCGAAUUAAUUUUAAUCAAUAAAAAUAACACUAUACAAUAAACAUCGACAGUGAGAAAAAUUAUGAUGAUAAUGAACAAAAACAAAACUAUAAUAGUAAUUAAACGAGGCUCGCCUUUGUGGCGCGCUUCUGUUUCCGCGUUUCCGAAUGCGCUCCCUUUUGCACACGGAAUGCAUAACACGUAAUUGUGUUAUGGAUAUUGUAUUGUUUUAUACUGAGAUUUCUGGUAUGUAACUUGGAUUUGGCCGGAAUUACUAUUUGAGUUGGCCGGGAUGAAGUAUUUAAUGUUUAUUCCGAAAACCUCAACAUGAGACCGGAUUUGCAUGGAAGAAAUACUGGGGCGACUAUUAGGAACAGUCGGAUCGAUCUCUUUACCUUUGUUUUUUUGUUUGUUUUGUUAAAGGUAAUACA